GCAAGGUAAGACCUGUCACAGCCCUCUCCCUCCCCGUGCAGGCAAGGUCAGCCCUGUCAUCCAGUGGGAUGAGAGCCGGUUGCAGCAAGGUCCCCCCAGCAAGCCCGUGCGCAUCGCCUACAUGCUGGUCGUGCAUGGCAGGGCCAUUCGCCAGCUCAAGCGGCUCAUCAAGGCCGUGUACCACCAGCAGCACUUCUUCUACAUCCACGUUGACAAGCGCUCCAGCUACCUCCAUCGUGAGGCGGUGGAGCUGGCCCGGCACUACCCCAACAUCCGCGUGACACCUUGGCGCAUGGUGACCAUCUGGGGAGGUGCCAGCCUGCUAAAGAUGUACCUACGCAGCAUGAAGGACCUGCUGGAGCUAUCCGAGUGGCCCUGGGACUUCUUCAUCAACCUGAGCGCCACCGAUUACCCCACGAGGACCAAUGAGGAGCUGGUGAUGUUCCUGUCCAAAUACCGAGAUAAGAAUUUCCUGAAGUCUCACGGCCGAGACAAUGCCAGGUUUAUCAAGAAGCAGGGUCUGGACCGCCUGUUCCAUGAGUGUGACUCCCACAUGUGGCGGCUGGGUGAGCGCCACAUCCCCGAGGGCAUUGUGGUGGACGGGGGCUCUGACUGGUUCUCACUGACACGCAGCUUUGUGGAGUACGUGGUCUAUGCCGAUGACCAGCUGGUGUCCCAGCUGCGCCAGUUCUACACCUACACGCUCCUGCCAGCUGAGUCCUUUUUCCACACGGUCCUGGAGAACAGUCACGCCUGCGAGACGCUGGUCGAUAACAACCUCCGAGUGACCAACUGGAACCGGAAGCUGGGCUGUAAGUGCCAAUAUAAACACAUAGUCGACUGGUGCGGGUGCUCCCCAAAUGACUUCAAACCCCAGGACUUCCUCCGGCUACAGCAACUCUCCAGACCCACCUUCUUCGCCCGCAAGUUUGAGUCGACGGUGAAUCAGGAGGUGCUGGAGAUCCUGGACACACAUCUCUACGGCAGCUACCCGCCCAAUACGCCGGCCCUGAAAGCGUACUGGGAGAACGUCUAUGACCGCGUCGAUGGGCUCAGCGGCCUCACUGAUGUCACCCUCACCUUCUACACAGCUUUUUCCAGGCUGGGGCUCCACAAAGCCACGUCCACACCGGCAGCAAAGGCUGACAAGCUCUGCAGAUUUGAGCCCCGGGGCUUCCCAUCCAGUGUGCACUUAUAUUUCUAUGACGACCGUUUCCAGGGUUACCUGGUGAUGCAGGAAGUGCAGAAUUUGGCAACUGGACAGGCAGAGUCCCUGGAAGUGUGGAUGAUGCCCCAAGGGGCUCUGAAGCUGGCAGGUCACGGAGGGCAGGCCAACCGCUUACAAAACCUUGAGGUGGGCACAGAGUGGGACCCCAAGGAAAGACUCUUCCGGAAUUUUGGAGGCUUGAUGGGGCCUUUUGACGAGCCGGUGGCCAUGCAGAAGUGGUCACGGGGCCCCAACCUGACGGCCACGGUGGUGUGGAUUGACCCCACCUAUGUCAUUGCUGCCUCCUACGACAUCGCGGUGGAUGCUGAAGCAGAGUUCACCCAGUAUAAGCCCCCCCUCAAUCGGCCCCUGCGCCCUGGCAUCUGGACCAUCCGCCUCCUCCAGUUCUGGGAGCCCCUGGGGGAGAACCAGUUCCUGGUGGUACCCCAGACCUUCAACCGCAAGCAGCCUCUCAGGAAAG